GGAUAAUUCGAGAAGUCCGUAGCUUCAAGGCAACUACGUUGUUGGGUGAAGAGUAGUCGUGCUACCAUACCGGGUCUGACAGGAGAAAGACAGUCUUCGUUUUAUCUUGGGAAUUGUAUCUUUCUAGAUAAAUACGAUAUACAGACAGCUGGGUAAUCUUUAAAUUCGACAUAAGGUCAAGAACUUGGAUUUUCAUUGGGGCUCCAUUUUAAAGCCAGCUAUCUUGCUACCAGAAUUGUCAAAAUGUUGAGUGUUGCAAGAACAGCUUCAAGGUCUCUCCCCUCUCCAAACUGCUCAAGAAGUGUGUCCUCCUUGAUAAAGAAGGCUUGCUGGAAUGGAUUUCAGCAAGAUGCUCUCAGAGCUAUGGCCAGACGUGACUAUUCAUCAGAGGCAAUCAAAGGAUCAGUGAUUGGGAUUGACCUGGGUACUACAAACUCCUGUGUGGCUGUUAUGGAGGGCAAACAAGCAAAGGUACUGGAGAAUGCAGAGGGAGCAAGGACAACACCUUCAGUGGUCGCCUUCACAGCUGACGGUGAGAGACUGGUUGGCAUGCCAGCCAAAAGACAGGCAGUCACCAACCCUAACAACACCCUCUAUGCCACCAAGCGUCUCAUCGGUCGUCGUUACGAUGACGCAGAGGUUCAGAAGGACCUGAAGAACGUGCCCUACAAGAUUGUCCGUGCUUCCAAUGGUGAUGCCUGGGUCGAGGCCCAUGGAAAACUCUACUCCCCCAGCCAGGCUGGUGCCUUCGUGCUGAUGAAGAUGAAGGAGACAGCAGAGAACUACAUGGGUCACAAUGUGAAGAAUGCUGUGGUCACCGUGCCAGCCUACUUCAAUGACUCCCAGAGACAGGCCACAAAGGAUGCUGGUCAGAUUGCUGGGCUGAACGUGCUGCGAGUCAUCAAUGAGCCCACUGCUGCUGCUUUGGCCUACGGUCUGGACAAGACUCAGGACAGAAUCAUUGCAGUGUAUGACCUGGGAGGUGGCACCUUUGACAUCUCUGUCCUGGAGAUCCAGAAGGGUGUGUUUGAGGUGAAGUCCACCAACGGAGACACCUUUUUGGGUGGAGAGGACUUUGACCAGCACCUACUGACCCACAUUGUGAAGGAGUUCAAGAGAGAGUCUGGAGUGGACCUGACCAAAGACAGCAUGGCUCUGCAGAGAGUGAGGGAGGCAGCCGAGAAAGCCAAAUGUGAACUGUCAUCAUCCCUGCAGACUGACAUUAACCUGCCCUACCUGACCAUGGAUGCCUCUGGCCCCAAGCACUUGAACAUGAAGAUGACCCGCUCCCAGUUUGAGGGCAUCGUGUCUGACCUGAUCCGCAGGACAGUGGCCCCCUGCCAGAAGGCCAUGCAGGACGCCGAGGUCUCCAAGGGGGACAUCGGAGAGGUGCUGCUGGUUGGUGGCAUGUCCCGUAUGCCCAAGGUCCAGCAGACUGUCCAGGACCUGUUUGGCCGUGCUCCCAGCAAGUCAGUCAACCCAGAUGAGGCUGUGGCCAUUGGCGCUGCCAUCCAGGGAGGCGUGCUGGCUGGAGACGUUACUGAUGUGCUCCUUCUGGACGUCACACCACUGUCUCUCGGUAUCGAGACCCUCGGAGGGGUGUUCACCAAACUCAUCAACAGGAACACAACCAUUCCCACCAAGAAGGGCCAGGUGUUUUCAACAGCAGCUGAUGGCCAGUCCCAGGUGGAGAUCAAGGUGUGCCAAGGGGAGAGAGAGAUGGCAGCAGACAACAAGAUCCUGGGACAGUUCACUCUUGUUGGAAUCCCCCCUGCCCCACGUGGAGUACCCCAGAUCGAGGUCUGCUUCGACAUUGACGCCAAUGGAAUCGUCCACGUCUCUGCCAAAGACAAGGGCACAGGCCGUGAACAGCAGAUUGUUAUCCAGUCCUCCGGUGGCCUCAGCAAGGACGACAUUGAGAACAUGGUUAGGAACGCCGAGAAAUACGCAGAGGAGGACCGGAGGCGAAAGGACCGUGUUGAGGCUGUUAACCAGGCUGAGGGCAUCGUCCAUGACACUGAAUCCAAGAUGGAGGAGUUCAAGGAUCAGCUCCCUGCUGAUGAGUGCAACAAACUGAAGGAAGAGAUUGUGAAAGUGAGAGACUUGCUGUCACGGAAGGAUGAAGAGACUGGCGAAAACAUCAAACAGGCUGCCACCACCCUUCAGCAGGCGUCACUCAAACUCUUCGAAAUGGCUUACAAGAAGAUGGCAUCAGAGAGGGAAGGUAGCAGUGGCGGCAGCAGCUCUGGAUCGUCAUCGUCAGAAGGUGGAGCAGGAGAGAAGAAGGAAGGCCAGCAGUAAAACCUUUGCACUUGUGGUUGUCAUGGAGACAUGGACUGAUGGGCUUGGGAGCGUAGACAUGUUGUCCUGAGCGGCAGCUAUUGAGAUCUAGGCAUUCUCACAUACUGUGUUUUUGCAGUAAAAAAUAUACGUUAUAUAAUGUCAUUGAGUACGUUUACAUGCACAGUAAUAAUUCGAUAUUAAACUGAUUAUGGCAGUAGGCAGAUUAUGUAAUAAUCAUGUAAACACCUUACUCUGCUUAUCAUCGGCCAAAAUCUUAAGUAAGCAUACGCCGAUUAAAACACCUGGUUUUCUGAGCAAGCUUUUGAAUCAUUAGGACAUGUAAACACUCGUAAUCGGCGUUCCAGUUGUGUAUUUGAUCUGCGCAUGUGCUAGCACCAGCCGAGCGAGCGAGAGUUCGGAAACAACUGAAUGUAUGUGUCUUAGAUGUAGUUUUCACAUACAACCUAUAUGUCCGCAUUCGGAAUCAAAUAUGCUUCCCAAAAAUAACAUGGUCGCUGUGGUAGAACAUUUUGAUUGCCGAUUUUCUGAGUGCCAUCAGUAGCCUGAUUUCAUGUAUCCAUGUAAACAGGGUUAUUAGGGAAAUCGUUCUUCUGGCAAAGCUUGUAAAUGUUUAAUCAAACUAUUAUAUUAAUUUGACUAUCCACAAUAAUUGCAUUAGUGUGUGCAUGUAACCAUACUCAUUGUAUGUUCCUCCACCCCUUUGUAAUUUAAUUGUAAAAGACUAUAUAUCCUGUCCAUUUUAAGAAACAUUUAUUUGCAUCUGUUGUGAGGUAGUGAACUCUGUAUAGCAAUUGUGUUAGUCCGAUUGUGAUGCCAUUUGGGGUUUCAUUUUUCCAUGUAGUUCAGCUUCUGUCUGUUCAACUGACUGGACUACAGUGGAAAUGCAAUAGAAGAAGAAACUUGGCUUUUCUCUAGCUUCAUCCUGUUUCUGUUAAUAAGGUAUAUCUGCUCCAUGAAAACAGUUUGCAUAUGUAUAGUGAUAUGAGUAAAGCCAUGCAUGUGUGGUAUGAUAUGACAAUACAACUGCAGGGUUUUAUUUCUGUUCUUAGACAUUUUGAAUCUUUAAACUUUGGUAUUCCUUUCAGUACAGAGGAGCACGAGUUGACUCAUUCUCAUUGACUUUGUCAUGGGUCUAAACUGAGAGAGAAUGAGAAUCUGACUAGAAGUUACCAUGCAUACAAAUAGAGAUUUUGUUUUGCCUUAACUGUUGUAUGAUGUUUGAGCUGCUGCCUAUCUGACAGAUGAAGUUGGCAGCAGUGGUCUGUGAAAAGGAGAAAAUAACCAGUCUGGUAUGACAUGGAUUUCUUGUCGAAUUUGAGAGUGGUAUGAUAUUUGGGGUCUCAAUUACAGAUGCUGUCUUUCCUAAUAAAAUUCUAAAUUUCAACAGUGGUUUUGGAUAUGAGGAAUUGGCAAUAGGCUGUACUUUUGCUGGGACUGAGGCACAUGAUGUGCAGUCACAGCCAAAUAUAUUUGUCACAGCCAUUAACCACGUUUCCAUCCAACGUUUUUAUGCGAUUUAAGUAAGUCGGAUAAAAAAUGUCAUAACAGGCCUGAUGGAAACACAACAUGCAAUCAUCCAACUCGGGCAUUGCCGCGUUCAAAACAAAUCAUGUCAGUGAUCUUCAGGUCAGAAAGUCGGAAGCUCCGAGUUGGAUGACCUUUCAAAUCGAUUUUUCCCAGUCGGAGCUCGUUUCUUUCCGCCGUGCUCCCAGAUGUUUUGAACACACUGAAGUCGGAGACUUCCGAGUCCCAGUUGUCUUGCACGCGGCAAUAAACUGCAUGCUUCCCGAUGAGUCGUAGUGGGAGAUUUCCGAGUUCCCCGUUUUUUUGAACGCGGCAUAAGGUCACAGCUGCCUACAUUUAUUUCUUGGAGGUAUAGACCUAUCCCACAAUUCACAGCGGAACUGUAUUCUAUGGUGCCAGCAGGACUAUAAAUCUGCAAGUGGGCGGAUUUCGGUCUUUCUUUUGCAGACAUGAGUAAAGAGGACACAUGGUCAUUUGUCGUCUAUGGUUGUGCCACCAUACACGUCAUCAGACAUGGGAGGGCUUCACGUGGGAUUUUUUUUACGUUUUAGUCAUUUUAGCAGACGCUCUUAUCCGGAGCGACUUACAGUUAGUGAGUGAAUACAUUUUCAUACUGGCCCCCCGUGGGAAACGAACCCACAACCCUGGCGUUGCAAGCGCCAUGCUCUACCGACUGAGUUACAAGGGAAUAACAUGAUCCACUUCAAGGAAAACAUGCUCUGUUCGUCUCAAUGAAGUCUCAACUCUUUUCAAUAUGUUUUGAAGGAUUAAUGGACAUAAUGCAUGGAGAUGCUUGGACUGGAUUUGAUGCCUAAAAUCGAUGCAAGGGAAAACUGACUGAAAUAUUACUUUACAACCCCACUGAAGGAUUAAUGGACAUAAUGCAUGGAGAUGCUUGGACUGGAUUUGAUGCCUAAAAUCGAUGCAAGGGAAAACUGACUGAAAUAUUACUUUACAACCCCACUGAAGGAAUAAUGGAGAUAUCUUGGGCUGGAUUGAUGGUUCAAUUGGAGUCGAUGCAUGGUAAUGCACUAAACAUCUGAAGUAUGAAAAAAUGUAUGCUGUCACUAACUACAGACAAAGCACGGAGUUGCUUGGACAGGAUUUGAUGGCUUGAUUAAAGGAUUGUUCCUGUCCGGACUUGAAUGGGAUAUAUAGACUGCAUCCUGCAGGUGACUCCCUAAACUCCAGGGCAUAUCAAGUGCAAGGAACACUAACUAUAUGGAAUGCUUCAACUCUUCAAGACAGACAAAGCACGGAGUUGCUUGGACAGGAUUUGAUGGCUUGAUUAAAGGAUUGUUCCUGUCCGGACUUGAAUGGGAUAUAUAGACUGCAUCCUGCAGGUGAUUGACCAGACAACUUGGCUCUGCCACUGCUGGCAGGGUUCAAAUUAGUGAUGUGUGGGUCAACCUGCAGUCCCUGUGUUUACAUCUGUGGGGCUGGCGGGUUUAGGGUAAUUCAAUAUUGUUGGACUGUUGAAUGAUUUACAAAAAUAAAAGCCUUGAAUAUCAUUCUUGUGUGAUUCAGACAGGUUGAGGUUCUUUAUAAUUUAUAUAAUUGAGUUUUGGUCAGGUGUGGGCCUUGAAUAAUCCUGUCAUGUCAGUGUUUCUGAACAAAUGUACCACAAAGUGAUUGCAUUACCCCAAUUGUGGUCUGUAUAAAAUAUUGACAUUUUCAAUCUGUUAAUAAAGUUAUCCUUAAAAUCAA